AUGCUCUCCCUCCUCGCCCUCGCCCCCCUGUACCUCGCACUUACCCCGCUCGCCGCCCUCUGCGCCACCCUCACCCCGCGCGAUGCAACCUAUUGCGCCAAAGGCUCACCCUGCUUCCCCUCCGCAGCCGACCUCGCCGCCUUCAACACCUCCAUCUCCGGUCGACUCUAUUCUGCCCGCCCAAUCUCCUCCGUCUGCUAUGCCAAAGACCCCUCCUUCAAUCCCGUAGCGUGCGGCGAGCUUCAGGCAAACAACGGCAACGAUCAGUGGCGCUCUGAUCAUUUCGGCGCCUUUGAACAGACACAGUGGGAAGACUGUAACAGCCAAGACCAAUGUGGGAAUGAUGCGGCGUCCUUCGCCGCGGGACAGUGCGGGCAGGGCCGUAUCCCAGACUACUUCGUCGAUGCUCGCUCUCCUGCAGACAUUCAGGCAUGGGCUCGCUUCGUCUACCAGCACAACCUGCGCCCCACGAUCAAGAAUACGGGACACGACUACAAGGGUCGGUCUGCUGGGGAUUCAGGCUUCGGGCUGUGGACGCACAACAUCAAGGGGGCUACUCAUGACACGGCCUUUGUGCCGAAAGGGUGCAAGGAAAAGUACGACGCAAUUACCCUCCUCGCGGGCACGCAAUGGCGGCAAGGGUAUGAGUUUGCGGAGAGCGUUGGCCGCACGCUUGUUGGCGGGGAUAAUCCGCAGGUGGGAGCGGUAGGCGGGUGGCUGCUGGGUGGGGGACACUCUUUCCUCUCGACAGCGCAUGGACUCGGAGUCGAUCGCGUCGUGAGCAUCGAUUUGGUGAAGCCGACGGGCGAGCUCGAGACGAUCACGGCCUGCUCAAACCCGGAGCUGUUCCGCUCUUUGCGCGGCGGUGGUGGUGGUACAUUCGGCGUCGUGGCAUCGGCGACUUACCAGACGCUGCCCCGCAUGCCCAUCCACGCCCUCAUUGCCCCCUCCCUCUCCCUCGGCGUCGGAAACCGCAAAAACAACGCAGUCCUCGCCGCUCUCGCCCGUAUCACGCCAGACCUCAACGCCAACGGCAUCGGCGGUGUCUGCUUCAUCUCAUCCAAUGCAUCCUUCACGCUCCUCGCCAUGCCUUCCGACGUAGGCGACAUGGCCAAGCUCAAGCGCCUCACCAAGCCGUACGCCGACUCACUCGUCUCGCUCGGCCUCUUGCAUGGCGGGAACCUCCUCAACGGUAACGCGGGCGCGGCCCUGUACCAGACGUACUCGUCCUUCUACGACUUCUUUAGUACGACCUUUGGCACGUUCAAUGAGCAAGUCGGCGCACCCAUCCAAAUCAGCUCGCGACUCAUCCCCACCAAGUACUUCAAGUCCAACCCGCAAGGAGCAGCGGAUGCAGUCCAGGCAUCCCUCGACCACAUCGCUUCGAGCAUGAAUGCCGGCGUGCAGAUCCUAAUGGGCCCGCCCGGCCCUCUCGCUGGCGGAUUCAAGGGCGUCACGUCCGUCAAUCCCGUCUGGUACGAGAGUGCGUGGCACGUCAUCCCCUCUGCGACGUGGGCGCCCAAUGCACCCGCGUCCGUGCAGCAGGCUACGACGCAGGCCGUGUGGGAGAGUGGGAACAUGCUCCGCGCCUUUGCGCCUGAUGGCGGGGCGUACCAGAAUGAGGUGAGCCCCUACGAGACUGGGUACAAGCAGAGUCUGUGGGGGAGCGAGGCGAAUUAUCAGCGACUUGUCAAGGCAAAGAGGCAGGUGGACCCCAAGGGGCUUUGGGAGGUGUGGAACGGCGUGGGGUCCAGCGGCAUCGAUUCUGGGAGGUACUCGAGGUGCUACAAGCAGAACGCUCCGCGCGGGUAUAGCCCAUGAGGCGGCGACGUGGUGUUGGUGAGGAUGAUGCGUUGUUUCGACUGGAAUAUGAUUCACG